CACCAAGCUAUGGUCACGUCUCUAAAUGAAGAUAAUGAAAGUGUAACUGUUGAAUGGAUUGAAAAUGGGGAUACUAAAGGCAAAGAGAUUGACUUGGAGAGCAUAUUUUCACUUAACCCAGAUCUUGCACCUGAUGAAGACAUUGAACCUAGUCCAGAGACACCACCGCCACCUACUUCAUCAGCCAAAGUAAACAAAAUUGUGAAGACUCGACGAACUGCAGGACCUAUUAAGAAUGAUAUCCCUGCCAGAGAUAACAGAGUGGCUGGUUCUGCACGUGCGCGACCUACUCAGCUUCCCGAGCAGUCUUCCUCUUCUCAACAGAAUGGUAGUGUUUCAGAUAUAUCUCCAGUUCAAGCUGCAAAAAAGGAAUUUGGACCCCCUUCACGUAGAAAAUCUAAUUGUGUAAAAGAGGUUGAAAAAUUGCAAGAGAAACGUGAGAAAAGAAGGUUACAGCAGCAGGAACUUAGAGAAAAAAGAGCUCAGGAUGUUGAUGCUACGAACCCAAAUUAUGAAAUUAUGUGUAUGAUAAGAGAUUUCAGGGCAAGUCUGGAUUAUAGACCACUAACAACUGCAGAUCCUAUUGAUGAGCACAGGAUAUGUGUUUGUGUACGAAAACGACCACUCAAUAAAAAAGAAACUUUAAUGAAAGACCUUGAUGUAAUAACAAUUCCUAGUAAAGAUGUUGUGAUGGUACAUGAACCAAAACAAAAGGUGGAUUUAACAAGGUACCUAGAAAACCAAACUUUUCGUUUUGAUUAUGCCUUUGAUGACACGGCUCCUAAUGAAAUGGUUUACAGGUUUACAGCUAGACCAUUAGUAGAGACCAUAUUUGAAAGGGGAAUGGCUACUUGUUUUGCAUAUGGACAAACAGGGAGUGGAAAAACCCAUACUAUGGGUGGUGACUUUUCAGGAAAGAACCAGGAUUGUUCUAAAGGAAUAUAUGCACUUGCAGCUAGAGAUGUCUUCUUAAUGCUAAAGAAACCAAACUAUAAGAAGUUAGAACUUCAAGUAUAUGCAACAUUUUUUGAGAUCUACAGUGGUAAAGUUUUUGACUUGUUGAACAGGAAAACAAAAUUAAGAGUGUUAGAAGAUGGUAAACAGCAAGUCCAAGUGGUGGGAUUACAGGAACGGGAAGUGAAAUGUGUUGAAGAUGUUCUUAAGCUUAUUGAAAUAGGCAACAGCUGCAGGACAUCUGGCCAGACGUCUGCAAAUGCACACUCAUCUCGAAGCCAUGCAGUAUUUCAGAUUAUUCUCAGAAGGAAAGGGAAAUUGCAUGGUAAAUUUUCUCUGAUUGAUUUGGCUGGCAAUGAAAGAGGAGCAGAUACUUCCAGCGCAGAUAGGCAGACUCGACUGGAAGGUGCGGAAAUUAACAAGAGCCUUUUAGCACUCAAGCAAGUAUCAUUGAUUAGGUCUAAGUAUCCGCACACUCCAUUUUCAUGCAAUAAUAGUAAAUCUAAGUCUUGA